AUGCGCCUCCGCGGUUCUGUGCCGUCCUCCAUCAUGCUGUUGGGGUUCCCGAUUCGUGUUUUUCACGCAGGACAACCUCGGACUUGUUUCCGGUGUGGUCUCCCGGGUCACCUGGCCGCGGGGUGUGAGGAGCGUCGGGUCACCCCGGUUAACCUUUUCCAGGAGGAGGAUUUUCCCCCGCUGUCGGCCCCGGACCUGUCUCCCCGUGAUGGUCCGGGUGUUGAUUCCCUGCUGGUUUCUGCCCCGGUGUUGGAUGGUGGUGUGGAUGUUGACGUCGGGGUUGCGGUGGCCCCGCCCCCGCCACCGGGUUCCCCGCCUCCGGCAUCCCUGCCCCUGUCGCCCCAGCCCGAUCUGUCUCAGCUGCCCGUGCCUCCUUCCCUACAUGUGGCGUCUCCUGUCCCUUUGGAUGUUAGCAGCGUGGAGUCUCCUGCGGUGGAGGAGUACGUUGAUCCGGCGUCUCCUGCCGAGGUUGGUGGUGCUGUGGGGGGCUCUGUGCUGCCUCCGGAGUCUCCACCUGUGCCUACUGCUGGUGACUCCCCACGGUGGGAGGUUGCUCCUGCUGAACGGGACCUCGUCGUGGUUUUACGGAAGGAUGUGCGCCACGGUGCUUCGGCUCCUAUGCUCGGUGGCGGGGGCCCCGACUCGUCUGUGUCCUCUGCGGGUUCCCUUAGUGUGCAGACCCAUGUGGGGCCUCGGGAGGAACCUCGUGUGCCGGUCGAUACGCAGCCCUGUGCGGCGCCCAGAGAACCUCCCAGUGCCGAUACCAGUGCGAAACCACCUAGUGUGGGCUCCUCCCCUGUGCUCGCGGCCGACGGGAGCGUGGUCCGUGAGCCACGGGUUUUGGACAUCGUUUGGGACGACAGGGUGCGUGAGGGCCCGUGGUGCUCGUCGACUAUUUGGGUACCAAAGUUGAAAGGGUUUAUUUAUGGGGUGCCUGACUGGAUGCCUCGGCCUUGUGCGUCUCCUGGUAAGCCAGUGCCUGAAUUUGUCCAGCUCGUCUGGGAGGCGUACUGCUUGCGCUUCCCAGCCAAGGAGUUUCCGGACAAGUAUCGUUAG